GAGUCGAUCAGUUCAGUGGAUUUUAACCUUCAGUUUUUAGCUCAGCUGUGUUCUCCCUGCAGAAGGAUUGUCUGUCUCCCCGUCUGUUUUUUAAAAUAUAUGCUUGUGAGGGCAUGUGUGUUUGAGCCCACAGGCCUGGAAAAAUGAGGCGUCUCCUGCUGCUGCUUCUGGGGCUCCUGCUCCUCCAACAGUGCCGCUGCUUUGAGUUUGUGAUAGAUGGAGAAUGGGAAGAAGAGACGUCAGAACUACUGGAUCAUCGGGAGAGACACAAGAGAGCGAUACUGACCAGCGAGGAGCAGGAAGACUUUGAGGCCAUCCGUGGAGAUGACAUCACCGUCAAGAGCUACAAGGUGGAGAGCCGUAUCACGUCACGCUUCGCCCACACCACCGUCAGGAGCUCGGUCGUCAACUCUGGCUCCAAAGCCCAGAGCAUCGGCUUCAAUGUCCAGAUCCCCAAACGAGCUUUCAUCACCAACUUCACCAUGAAUGUGAAUGGGAUAACAUUUGUGGGCUCAGUGAAGGAAAAGACAGUGGCCAGGAACCUGUACACCCAGGCCAGAGCCAGAGGCAAGGCAGCCGGCAUCGUCAGGGCUAAUUCCCAGGACAUGGAGACAUUUAAGACAGAAGUCCAUGUUCCUCCUGGCAGCAACAUUGAGUUUGAGCUCCACUACCAGGAGAUGAUGCACCGAAAGCUGGGUUUCUACGACCACACACUGCACGUGCAGCCUGGGAGGCUGGUGCCACAGCUCCAGGUGGAUGUGUACAUCUUUGAGCCAAAGGGAAUUUCCAUGGUACAUACCCCAAACACCCUUGGAGCGCAGUUUGCAGACCUGAUCAAAGUUACAUCGUCCAAAGACAAGGCUCACAUUGUCUUCAAGCCCAACCUGCAGCAGCAGAAAAAGUGUGACAACUGCACCGAAAGCGCUAUAGACGGCGUCUUUACUGUCAGAUAUGAUGUAAACAGGGACAGCAAUGCCGGGGAACUACAGGUCUCGGACGGCCACUUUGUCCAAUUCUUCGCUCCUUCCAACUUCUCACCUCUUCCUAAAAACAUUGUGUUUGUCAUUGACGUUAGCGGAUCCAUGUGGGGCGUCAAGAUGAAGCAAACAGUGGAGGCCAUGCAGGCUAUUUUGGAUGAUCUGACCAUAGAUGACCACUUCAGCAUCAUUGACUUCAACCACAAUGUGCGGUGCUGGAGUGAGGAGCUGGUCCAGGGCUCAUCCAUUCAGAUCGCAGAUGCCAAGAAGUACAUCAAGAGCAUCAAACCCAACGGCGGUACCAACAUCAAUGAGGCACUGAUGAGAGCAGUUCAGAUGCUGGUGAAGGCGUCCAAUCAAGGGUUCAUUGACCCUCGCUCCGUCUCCAUGAUCAUUCUGGUGUCUGAUGGAGACCCCACUGUAGGUGAGAUCAAGCUCAGCACCAUACAGAAGAAUGUGAAGCGGUUGAUGAGGGAGGAGUUUUCUCUCUUCUCACUGGGCAUUGGCUUUGACGUGGACUAUGACUUCCUGGAGCGUAUCGCCAUGGAGAACAGGGGCAUGGCUCAGAGGAUCUACGCCAACCAUGAUGCUGCAGAGCAGCUACGGACAUUUUACAGUCAGGUCUCGUCUCCUCUGCUGAGAAAGAUCGCCAUUCAGUUCACAGAGGACACUGUGUCAGACGUCACCCAGAACCGCUUCGAUAAAUACUUCAGCGGCUCAGAGCUGGUGGUGGCUGGGAAGGUGCUGCCAUCUGAGAGCAACAUCCUGACCAGCUUCACCACUGCUGCUGCCUCCCGUCUGGACAUCAAGCUAGAGUCAUCGGCCGAUACCGAUGAGCUGGACACGGAACUGGCCAAGCACGAGCACUCGUUCACGGGCUUCGCCAGACAAAUGUGGGCCUACAUCACAGUCAAACAGCUGAUCUCUGAAAGGGCUCUGGCUCCGAAUGCUGACAAGAAGAGGAAGAUCACCCAACGGAUCAUGUCGCUGGCUGUGGAGCAUCAGUUUGUCACUCCUCUCACCGCUCUGCUGGUGGAGAGCGAGGACGCCACGGAGAGGCUGCUGGCUGACUUCCCGAAGGACCCCAAGCAUGGCUGCUGUUCAGGAGGAGGAGGAGGCCCUGUGUCCUCUGGGCAUACUCAGUUGCAGGCGCUCUACCACACCCCAACCUGGGUCAAGCCGAUUACUCCAGCCCCUCCGAGUCAAGGGAUUAGGGGUCCGGAGGAGUGGGCCAUACCUCAACAUGUCAACCUAGUGGAUAACGACCCUCACUUCAUCGUCCACCUGCCGACAAGUAACAUGGACGUCUGCUUCAACAUCGACUCCAAACUUGGUCACAUCCUCAAUCUUGUGUCUGACAGAGGAACAGGUGUGGUGGUGAACGGUCAGUUGAUUGGCUCUAAGCAGGUGCAGAAAAGCAAACUGAAAACCUACUUUGGCACCAUCUCGGUCUACACCCAGCCCGAUGGAGUCAGCGUGACCGUCAGCACCGUCAGCAUUGCCAUGACUGAUGGCAGGAACAACCACUCCUUCACCUGGGGGGCCACAGCGGAAAUCACACAGGAUGGUGUGCAGAUUUCCAUUGUGAAGAACUUGCAUGUUACCAUCACGAUAAAUAAUAAUAUCCAGGUGAUGGUGUUACUUCACCGCGUGUGGAAGAAACAUCCAGUGAAUGUUCACUUCCUCGGUAUCUACAUUCCCACCGACAACGAGUACUCUCCUCUGGUCCAUGGACUCAUAGGGCAGUUUUCUAGAGAGCCUGAGGUGACCGUGUACGACAUCCACGAAGGAGUCGACCCUUUGAAGAAGGAGGCCACCAUGGAGGUGAAGGGAAACAGGCUGCCAGUCACCAGGGGCUGGCAGAAGGACUACAGGCAUGAUGAGAGGCACGGCUCAAACGUCUACUGCUGGUUCAUACACAACAGCGGAAAGGGCUUCAUUGACGGCCAUUACACCGACUACAUCGUCCCAAAUCUCACCAGCUUCCUCUAUAGGCUCUGAGCAGCCAGAGACACAACCAAGUACCCUGUGCUGCUAUAAAUCUCCUGGAUCAGUAAGGGUAUAAAUGAAAUUACACCCAUUUAAAAGAGUGAGUGAAAAACAGGAGAAGAAGGGAAGACAACAUACAACUUUUUUCUACUGCAGUUUGUGUGCGUCUACAAUUAAUGAUUUUCAUUUUCUUUCAAAAUGUUAAAUGUUUCUUUCCUAAUUAUUUUCCAAAAAACACCACACGUCACUUUUGUUGAAUUUAUUUGGACAAAGAUCAACUUGAACAUCAAUACAAAAUAAAAAACAGAUUGAACACA